AUGUCGAAAAAAAGAAAAUACGAUAAAUCAUAUAUGUUAUUUGGUUUUACAUUUACUACCGAACGCGAUGGUACGCAAAAACCACAAUGUUUUAUCURUGGAAAAAUCCUAGCAAAUUCGAGCAUGAAACCAACCAAACUUAAAGAACACCUAGUUUCGGUACAUCCUCAACAUACAUCAGAUGGUUUGGAAGUCUUUCAAACUAAAAAAGCCCGUUUUGAAAAAUCCGGUACAUUGCCUAAACUUGGAUUUGUACCUCCACAAAAACCAUGUCUCGAAGCAUCUUACAAAGUAGCGUACCGUAUUGCUAAAAAUAAAAAACCACAUACAAUUGGCGAAUCCCUAAUAAAACCAUGUGCAUUAGAAAUGGUAGAACUGGUUUGUGGUAUGRAACAACGCAAAARAAUUGAAGCUGUGCCUUUGUYAAAUGACACAAUUCACUCAAGAAUUUCUGAUAUGUCAAYUAACAUUUUGGAACAAGUAAUUGCGGAAUUAGAUUCAACACAAUUUCCAUUCAGUAUGCAGUUGGAUGAAAGUACAGAUAUUUCUCAAUGCAGCCAAUUAUUAGUUUUUGUACGUUACAUACAUUCUGGAACUUUGAUGAAAAAUGAAAUUCCCGAUAUCGUCAUCACUCAUUGCUUUCUGCAUCGUCACGCUUUGGCAUCAAGAACUCUACCAACCGAUCUAAAAGAGAUUAUGAUGACUGCAGUCAAAGUUGUUAAUUUCAUCAGAUCUAGAGCCUUACAUCACCGACUUUUCAAAGUUUUAUGCCAAGAAAUGGGAGCUGAACAUGAAGUUCUUCUUUACUAUACAGAA